AUGGCCAGCAGAUCAGUCUCCGCAUCCGUAACGCGGCAGUUGCUUGCAACGUCCCGAUCCGCGCGUAUAUCGUCAAGACCCCUCGCGUGCGUACCGUUAUCGAGACGCAAUGUAUCCGGCUUGUACCGUCCUGCAGUCCGAAUUGCUGGUCAAAGAAGAGGCCUUUCCACGACGCCACGCACACGACUCGCCGCUGUGGACGACACAUUCGACCCAAAGUCAAUAGAACGCGAGUCUGACGAGGUGGAUGUGCUCAUUGUAGGCGGAGGUCCUGCUGGUCUGUCUGCAGCCAUCAAGCUGAAGCAGCUUGCGACAGCGGCAGGCAAUGAAGACUUUAGGGUUCUGGUGUUGGAGAAGGCGGGUGAAUUGGGCGAUCACAUCGUGUCUGGAAAUGUCAUAGAACCGUCUGCGCUCGACGAACUCCUGCCCGACUGGAGGUCAGAGGACAAUCUGAACCGCUUCGCCGACAUCACCCCCGCCAAGGAGGACCACAUGUACUUCAUGACCAAAAAUAGCGCAAUCCCUCUACCCAAGCCUCCGCAGAUGAACAAUCAUGGCAACUACAUAAUAAGCUUGAACCAGAUGGUCAAGUGGCUUGGCGAGCGUGCCGAGGAAGUUGGUGUAGAGGUUUACCCUGGAUUCGCUGCGUCGGAGAUACUAUAUAACCACGAAGGCGUCGUACAGGGUGUGGCUACCAACGAUCUCGGUAUAUCGCGAGAAGGCAAGGCCAAAGAUUCAUUCGAACGAGGAAUGGAAUUUCAUGCACGCGUCACACUGCUUGGUGAGGGUUGCCAUGGUAGUCUGUCCAAGCAAAUCAUCAAGAAGUACGACCUAAGGCGGGAUAGUCAACACCAAACCUACGGACUUGGCAUCAAAGAAGUAUGGGAGGUACAGCCUGAGAAAUUCAAGUCUGGGUUAGUGGUUCACUCCAUGGGCUACCCACUGCCAAAAGACACCUACGGUGGUGGUUGGAUGUACCACUUUGGUGACAACCUGGUCAGCAUUGGUCUGGUUGUUGGACUCGACUAUCCCAACCCGUGGUUGGCGCCCUAUGGCGAAUUUCAGAAGAUGAAGCAUCACCCGUAUUACAAGGAUGUAUUAGAGGGUGGCAAGUGCAUCUCUUAUGGUGCGAGGACGCUGAUUGAAGGCGGUUUCCAGUCUAUACCUAAGCUCGCCUUCCCUGGUGGCGCGCUUCUUGGAGAUGCCGCGGGCUUGCUUAAUCUACCGAAAAUUAAGGGUACGCACAACGCCAUGAGGUCAGGCAUGCUAGCUGCCGAGGCGACUUGGGAUGCCCUACAAGCUAAUACCGACGGUGGUACCGUGUUCCUGUAUGACUAUGAGGACAAGAUGCGCAAGUCGUCGAUAUGGUCAGAGCUCAAGACUGUGCGCAACAUGCGUCCAUCUUUCCAUACUCCACUAGGCAUCUACGGAGGCAUUAUGUAUUCUGGCCUUGAAGCAUACGUUCUUCGAGGCAAAGCGCCAUGGACGUUAAAGCACGGCAAACCCGAUCACGCAGCAACCAAGACUGCAGACGAGUGCCCGAAGAUUGAGUAUCCCAAGCCAGACGGUAAAAUCAGCUUCGACAUAUUGACAAGCGUCAGCCGAAGUGGCACAAACCAUGAAGAGGACCAGCCAUGCCAUCUUCAAGUCAAAGACUACGAUGCACAUGCUCAGAAGGAAUGGCCCAAGUACAAGGGUGUCGAAAACAGGUUCUGCCCCGCCGGCGUCUAUGAAUACGUCGAGGACGAUAGCAAAGAGCUGGGUGUCAGGUUCCAAAUCAACGCCCAAAACUGCGUUCACUGCAAGACUUGCGAUAUCAAAGUGCCCGAUCAGGACAUCAAUUGGCAAACACCACAGGGCGGCGAGGGACCAAACCCCGGGAGGGCGAGCAGCCCCGUUGGAGGCAAGACGCACGUGAUGUCCGUGCCCGAAGCUUGGAAGGCUAGGGCGAGUGAGGCGUUGGGCGAACUUCCUUCUCCACCCUUCGUCACCGUCCACCCAUCAACUUCGCCGGGGCCUAUUACAUCAAUAGCAUUCCGGCCCUCAUCUAUAUUUGCAAUCCGUUGUCGCGACACUGGGCCGACUAAUUCUCUGCCCAAGAAUCGAUUGCGCGACUUCUGCACUUACCCGGCUCCUUCCUGGUCCUCAAGCUCUCAGGUUCUUCACGGCCACCUUGCUUCCAGCGCCCGACUCUAUCUCCAAGGUACGACUAGCCGCCUGUAUUGUAUGCACUGGAAAUCCCUUGCGCAUCUCCCUGCCGUCACUAUGACCGAGGUAUCGUCUACGCGCCUAUACCUAGGCAACCUUCCUCGCAAUGCCACCAAGGCAGAUGUCGAGGGCCACUUCCAGACGCAUGGUACUGGUGAGAUCACUGAGAUCAAACUCAUGAACGGAUUUGGCUUCAUCGAGUACAAGGACGCAAUGGACGCUCGUGAUGUUGUCCCUGCAUUCCAUGGUUCCGACUUCAUGGGCGAGCGCCUCAUCGUCCAGUUCGCUCGCGGCUCGCGUGCCCGUAACGAGAACUUCACUCCCCACGAGCGCGUUCCCCCGCGUCCUAGGCGCACACCAUACCGGAUGAGAAUAGCGAAUCUUCCUGUGGAGACCAGCUGGCAGGACCUCAAAGACUUUGCCCGCCAGUCUGGAUUGGACGUCGUCUACUCUGAAGUUGGCCGCGAGCGCGAUGGCACUGGAUUCGUCGAGUAUGAGACGGCCGCCGACCUGAAGACCGCAGUGGAGAAGCUGGACCGUCGUGAGUUCAAGGGGCAGGAAGUUACCUGUGUCCAGGACGUCUCCGAUCCUCCCCCACCUCCACCUUUCAAACCGCGCGCUCCUUACGGAGGCCCUGGUGGUCCUGAUGACCGGGGCCGUGAUAGAUACCGAUCCCGCUCUCCCAUGGGCCGCCGCGGUGGCGGAUACCCACCUGCGCCCUACGAUGAUUACUACGACCGUCGCGGGCCACCUCGUGGCUACAGCCCUCGUCGCGAUGACUAUCGCCGACGCACACCUCCCCGCGAGUUCUACGACAGACGUGAUGGAGGUUAUGGACGUUCGCCGCCUCGUGGUCGCAUGCCUGAUGAGUAUGGCCCACCGCGCGCGCGUUACCCUGACGAUCCUUAUGAUGCUAGGGCCCGACCUCCUCCCCGCGGUUACGAUGACCCAUACAUGAACGGUCAUGGACGCCCUUACGAAGGAGGAAGACCGCCGUCCCCACGUGGUGCCCGUCCCCGUAGCCCCGGAGGCCGUCCGCCUUACGACGCUGCAGCGGCUGAUUACCCACCACGUGGCCGCUACUAG